UUCACGUGACAGCUGACAUGCGCACUGCGCAGAAGAGUGAAGAAGUGGAGAAGCAAAAACAUCUGGGUGAAGUGCCAGACAGAGCGUCGUAACGUAGUUGUAAUUUCGUCCAAAAUCUUUUGGAGUUGUAAUAUCGCACACUUUGACGUCAGUAGUUUUCAUUGUUUAUGUAAUAAUGCCGUGGAAAUUCAUAUAACUGCUUCUGCCAGAAGAUCUAACUUGUGUCGUUACUACAGGAUUAAAGACCUAAUAUUGAAUAGGAGGAAAACGACUCUGACAACUUGAACAAUGUUGCCCUUUACCUCAGUGAGUAGGGAGAGUGCACCAGAUACUUUGUUAGAUCUGUGCUUCAAAUAUGUGGUUUGUCAUUUAGAUAUUAUUUGUACUACUGACCCGUUUACAAAAGAUUACAGACUCAAAGAUGGUCUAGCUCUACCUAGUGAAAUUUGUGAAAAAAUGCUUCAGAUCUAUCAAGCUGGUGGUCAUGAUGUAGAUGACAGAAUUGUGGGCAUAUUUGAAAAUCUUAGCAUGACAAGACUGAGAAGAGUUCAGCUACGAAAUUCUAGUGUCACAGAUGAUGGACUGUGCAUUCUCUUAAGUCACAAGUUAAUUGAAAUAGACCUUACUAAUUGUGCAAAUGUAACAGAUGGCUCUCUUGUACAUCUCAACGAACAUGGUGAAAACCUGUUAUCUUUAAGUAUUGGCGCAGGUGUUCAACUACUCCCCAGUACACUCCUACCGGAAGAUCAUGUGCAAGAAGGAGAAAUUGUUACUGCAUACCACAAACGAGGAUACAUCUUGAGAACACCCAAUUUGCGCAGACUUACAAUUAAGAACCUUUCUGUCCACCGUGAGAGAAUGUACUUUCCCUUGCUUCUUCAACCUCUUGCAAAUCUCACAUACCUAGACUUGUCCUCUUGCUCUGAUUUGGGUGAUUUGUCAUACCUUUGUGAAUUAAAGAAUCUCCUUUCCCUCAUUCUUUUCAAUGUGCAACGUCUUCAAGAAUGUAUCGAUUCUUUGUGUACCCUUACAAGCUUGAGACAUCUCGAUAUUUCCCAGUCAAGUGAAAAACAUGGAACAUUUAGAAAUGAGAAUUUGACAUUGGCAAGACUAGUUGAAAAUCUUCCCAAUUUGACUUCUUUGGAUAUAUCUGGUACCAAUCUUGCAGGAACAGGAGUUGCAGAGCACAGCCCUAACAGCAAAGAGCACAGUGAUGAUUCUGUGCCUCAGACAGACAUCCCAGGCCUCAGCUGUAGAGUGGGUAGGCCUUUUGAAUUUUUAGGAUUGUAUGGUACACGCCAUGAAGCAUGUCGAAGACAUCACAUCCCUGCAAAACUGAUUUCUGGAAAUGCCAAUGAAGAACAGAUUUUGACUGCUGCAGCAGCUUACAUUGAUCGUACAGAUAUUUUACAACAAGUUCUGAAUGAUCUUUAUCAUCUCUUUCGAUACGAAAUCUGCCAUAAUAUGAACAAUGCAUUGAGUAUUGUGCUUGAAGCAAUGGAUCGACAUGUAAAUGAAAAACACAUUCAGAUCUCUGGAAGUGCAACACUCUUUUACAUUGUAAAAGGCAAAGAAAAAUAUGCAUUUAGUCCUCCGCUCAAGAGACUUGUGGUUUACACCUUACUAAAUGGGAUGAAUGCACAUCGAGAUGAUGAUACUAUGAUGCGCAAUGGCUGCCUUACUCUGUGUCAGUUCAGGCUACCUGAAGAUGUGUUGUUUGACUACGAGCGACUAGUGCAAAUCCUCUUGCACAUUGUAUCUGAAAUGGAGCAAGAAGGUUUUGUACAACGCAUUGGGAUUUUCCUGUUGAACACAUUGGCCUGCCAGGUGGACGGUGUUCAAAAGAAACUGUUGGGGGAUUUGGGAGCAGUUAGUAAAAUGUUAUCAUUAAUAGAAGACAGACUUAAUAGGAAAGUGUGUGAUGAUGUACUGGAAGUAGCAUGGUCUACAAUGUGGAAUGUUACUGAUGAGACUGCAAUCAAUUGCCAAAGGUUUCUUGAUGGGCGAGGAAUGGAGUACUUUCUUAGUUGCCUUAGCACUUUUCCCGAAAAAGAGGAACUUCUGCGCAACAUGAUGGGACUGCUGGGAAAUGUAGCAGAAGUGAAGAAGCUUAGGCCGCGUCUCAUGACCAGCCAUUUUGUUACAGUAUUUGCAACAUUACUUGAUUCUAGCAGCGAUGGAAUCGAGGUGAGUUACAAUGCUGCUGGAGUGCUGUCACACAUGGCAUCUGAUGGCCCUGGUGCGUGGACUCUGUCAUCUCCUCGUCGUGAAGAUGUUCUUCAGCGGAUGGUAGCUGCCAUUGAGCAUUGGGAUUUGAACACAGAGAGGAAUAUCAACUACAGAUCCUUUGAGCCAAUUUUGUAUUUGGCUCGCAUCUACCAUACACCUGAGUGCCAACAUUGGGCAGUAUGGGCAUUAGCUAACCUUACUCGAGUAUAUCAAGGAGGCCUGCAGCUCUUGGAAGAGAUCAUUCAACAUGAGCAACCGUAUGCUCGGAUCAAGGAGCUUGCAACUAUGGUUGUGAUGCACUGCCGCCAUUACCAUGAACAGCUACUUCUUGAGAUAAAUGGACCUUUGGAUGGUUGA